GUCAUCUUUGUCUCCAUCAAAGUAACUUUGAAGGCCCUCUUGAAUUUUCUGGUCUCAUCCUAAAUAUCUGAAGACCAUUUUGGGGCAAGCUAGUGGAUCUUGACCAAGAGAAGAGUUGAAACCAUCUUUGUUUCCAUCAAAAUAGCUUUGAAGGCCCUCUUGAACUUUCUGGUCUCCUAGAGACAACUGAACAAUGGUUAGGCAGGACUUCAUUCAUUGUGAAGUCAUGGUAUGGACCAUUUUUCCAUUUUUUUCUCAAAUCAGAGAGACCCUGAUAAAGUGCAGAGAAACCAGAAGUGUUUUUAUUCCCAGGGAACUCUCAAAGAUACUCCUUUGGGUCUGCCACACCAUGCCUAUGGUCAGGUGCUGAACAGGUAGACGUUCUCCUGAAAUGGGCCGUGAAGGUUUUGCAUCUAAGGCUCGAAUCUCCAGCUCGCAAGCCGUGAUCAUUGACAAUGGCUCUGGAAUGUGCAAAUCCGGGAUUUCUGGAGAAAUUAGCCCGCGGCACGUCAUGGCCACUGUCCUCGGUUGCCCCAGAAGCAAGUUGCCUCUUUCCAAGGCUAAGCAGAAAGAAUGCUACGUGGGAUUUGAAGCCCAGCAUAGACAAGAUGUCCUCUCAUUGACGUACCCCAUGGAAGCGGGCGUUAUCACUUCCUGGGAUGAGAUGGAGACCAUCUGGAAGUAUAUCUAUGACAAAGGGUUGGGGGUGAAGGCGUUUGAGAGACCUCUGCUGAUGACAGAAUCUCCCCUGAACCCAAAAGAGGACCGAGCCAAGCUCACCCAGCUGAUGUUUGAAUAUUUUAAGGUCCCGGCUUUCUACCUCUCCAUCCAGGCCAUCCUCUCCCUCUACGCUUCCGCCCGUUACACGGGGAUGGUCAUCGAUUGUGGGUUUGGAGUCAGCCAUGCCGUCCCAGUGUACGAGGGAUACUGUUUGCCCCACGCGGUCACCCAGCUGGGCCUCGGGGGCCGAGACAUCACACAGUUCCUGAGGGAACUUCUUCUGGAAAACAGGCAAUAUUUCUGGAACUUCCCGGAAGCCAACACCGUGGUGGAAGACAUCAAGGUCAAGUUGUGUUUUGUGACUCUUGAUGCUCGCCACCGAGAAACCAAGUCCUCCGAAGAGCUCCCCAAAGAAUACAAGCUUCCUGACGGCAACAGGGUCAAAAUUGGGGACCCCCUUUACCUGGCUCCGGAGAUCCUUUUCACCCCGAGCAAUGUCAACCACAAGGGUCAAGGUCUCCACAAGCUGGUGGCCCACAGCAUCAGGAAAUGUGACCCCACGCUCCGUAACGUGCUUUAUUCCAAUGUACUGAUUUCUGGAGGGUCCUCCCUUUUUCCAGGAUUAGACGAACGGAUGUUCAAAGGCUUGGAAGGGGAAGCCCCCCAGGGGGUCCCCAUUAAGGUCAUUGCUCCGCCAGACCGAUGGUUCUCGGCCUGGAUCGGGGCGUCCAUCAUCACGUCCUUGAGCACCUUCAAGCAGAUGUGGGUGACCGCUGCCGACUACCGAGAAUACGGGCCGAAUAUUGUCCACCGACGGUGCUAUUGAAGAGGGGACAAGAAGAUGUCUCACGUUCUGGCUAUAAAAAGCUACAGCAGCAUCGGUCAGAGAGCAGAAAGCGAUUAAAACAAAACAGAAGCUUUCACCUUUCCCCCAAAAGGUUAAAUAAAUAAUUGAUUUUAAGGCCCGAGAAACUACCAGAUUUAAUGUAUUUCCUGCCUAGAUACCUGAAGUGCUAGAGGUGAUUCUCGACCGACAACGGUUCAUUUAGUGACCAUUCUAAGUUACAACAGCACUGGGACGAGUCGCUUACAUUUUUCACGCUUGCGACCGUCUCAGCGUCCCCCGUGGUCAC